GGAAGUAGCUGUUCGGUGACAGGAAGUGUACUGUGGUGCAGCAGGAGGAUAGUAUAGUUUGCAGGAAUGAAUUCCUUGGAGCAGGCAGAAGACCUGAAAGCUUUUGAGAGAAGACUGACUGAAUAUGUUUCAUGUUUGCAGCCGGCGACCGGGCGUUGGAGAAUGAUUCUCAUAGUAGUGUCUGUGUGCACAGCCACCGGAGCCUGGAACUGGCUGAUAGACCCAGAGACCCAAAAGGUGUCGUUCUUCACAUCUCUCUGGAAUCAUCCUUUCUUCACAAUUAGCUGCAUCACUUUGAUAGCCUUGUUCUUUGCUGGUAUACACAAAAGAGUGGUGGCUCCUUCAAUAAUAGCAGCACGAUGUCGAACAGUGUUAGCGGAAUACAACAUGUCCUGCGACGACACGGGGAAAUUAAUCUUGAAACCGAGACCUCACGUCCAGUGACACUUUGUUUUAUGUUAUUGCAAAAAGCAAGAA